AUGGCGGGUUACCCAUCCCUCACUGUUGUCUUCAUCGAGAGCUUCCACAGCGGUUCCAGCACCCCUCACUUGUUACCGCCUCCGCCGAGACCGCCUCCGCCAACUGCGGCUCGUCAUCUCGUCCUCCCCUGCGGGCAGAACCUCUCAUCCUUGAUAUCCGCCAAGACCGCCGCCGCCCUCAGCGCCGCCUCCAUCAUCUUCCACUCCUCCGACCCCCCUACUCCCAGCGCCUCCGCGACCGCGCCGUCGCCGUACGGAUCAAAUCCCCCCCUCCCCCCGCACCUCGCCCGCGCCCGCCGCCCUCGCCGUCCCCGACCCCGACGCCGCCAGCAUCGGCUCCGGCGCCGCCACCCUCCACGACCUCUCCGCCCUCGACCGCCACCUCCUCUCCCCUCCCAGGUCUUCGAGUUCGCGGAUGCGCACCAGGGCGCGUACAGCUUGAGCUUUCACGACGCGAUUUCUCCGGAUAUCAGCCGUGAAGAUAAUCCCACAGUUCCAGAAGAAGAAGAGGAAAUUGAAGAAGUACUAAAAGAGGAGGAAAAGUUGUUCCAGCGCCACAUACACGGCUUCCUACUCGUUCUUGUCGCCGCUGUCGCCGCCAUUAUCACCACCGCAAAACCCCCUCCUCCUCCUCUUCCACCAUUCUCACCACCAUUAUCACCACCGCUAUACCUCCUUCUCGUCGGAGCGCUGGUCCUAGCUCCUCCACGGAGAGCUCGUCGCCGUGUUGGUCCGCGUGGCCAUAUAUCUAAAGAUCAACACCAGGAGAAGUGCCCCGUGGCCACCACAACAGCAGCGGGUGCGAUACAUAAGGGCGCGGGGAACGAGACGCAGCGGCGGUGGCCACCUCCUCCUCCUCCUCCCUCCGUCGAGAGCAAGAACCCCUCAUACGUUUAUGCGUAUUCUUUUUUCUUGUCGGGUUUCAAGAGAUUCAGAAGAUGCCCAUGCUGCUGGAGAGCAGCAGAAGAAGAAGAAGAUAAUGAGGAUGAUGAUGAUAAUAGUGAUGUUGGCGAUCUGGCCGACGAUGAUCGUGAAGAUCCAAUCAGCGGUGAGCCAUUCUGUUCUUCUUGA